AUGGCAACCCAUGUUGAUGAAGGAAAAGCUGAGAAGAAGGUGGAGGAACAUAAACAACAUCUGGCAGCUGAGCCGGCACUUGAACCCGUUUCUGACUUAGUUGAACUUGAGGAAAGUGGCAUCCUUCCACCGAAGCACAAAGAUCCUAGAAGUGUCACGAUCCUGUGUUCUAUUGGUGAGGUUGCUGUGGGUAAGGCUCUCAUUGACUUAGGAGCCAGUAUCAAUUUAGUGCCUCUCUCCAUGUGCCGGCGACUUGGAGAGUUAGAGAUAAUACCCACUCGCAUGACCUUACAAUUAGCUGAUCGCUCCAUCACAAGACCCUAUGGAGUGAUUGAAGACAUUUUGGUUAGGGUCAAACAUUUGAUCUUUUCGGCUGAUUUUGUAGUGAUGGACAUAGAAGAAGAUGCUGACAUUCCCCUAAUUCUUGGACGAUCGUUUAUGUAUACCACAAGCUGUGUGGUAGACAUGGGGAAGAGGAAACUACAAAUGGCCAUAGAAGACCAACAUAUCAGUUUCGAUCUGUUUCAUGAAGAGAAAGCUUUGCCUGACCAAAAUGUUUGUUUGAAGGUAAAUGUGAUGGAGGAAAAGAGACUAGAGAAGAAGGUUCUAGAAGUUGGAACCUUGUUGGAUCCAGGAUAA